CAACCCCUCCUCCAAAGCCCGGGAUAACUUUAUAGGACUCGCAGGUCAUGGUGCUCCUGUCAGUUGAUGCCCCCCUGCACCGGUAGGACUUAGGACUCCUCCCCUAGGAUUCGAGAUAGUUCUUGCUGUGUUAUCCAAAUCUUUUCCUUCUUCUUCUUGAUCUCGAGUGGAGGUUGCAGCUCCUUGGAUCUUCGCCGGGUUCUUGCUCUCCUCCCCUCGCAGAAGACGGGCAAGAAGGGAAGAGUGAUUUCUUGGGCGUUACAUGCAUCUGUGACGUUUUUUCCUUCGAACAACCUGCUUUUGCUGGUGGAAUCUUUAGGUUUUGUAGUUCGUAGGUCGGAGUGGUUAGUCAAGAGGUGGUGUCCUUGAAGCCAACAGAAUGUGUGCGUUCUCUUGUUGGACAUGCAAGCGUUUUUCACUGCUCCAUUCCAACACCAUUAUUGAUCAUUUUGAGUCUGGUUGAUGGGAAGUGUUGAUGAAGCAAGCCCUCAUGGGGCUGAGAACAAAGGGCCGGCGGAACUAAACUAUCAAAUCUGCGAUGAGCACAAGGAAGUUAGGGAUGACAUUGUGGGGGAGAGCCAGGGGCUCUCAGAAGAAGAUGAGUCAAGGAUUAAUGAGGUGACGGAAGAUUUGAAUAACAACCAAGAAGGUGAUAUGGCUGUCCCCCUGACACAUCAGCCUGGUCCACAGAAACUGCAGCAGCAGCAGCAGCAGCAGCAGCCAGGACCAAUUAUUCAAUGGGAGAGGUUUCUUACUGUUAGAACACUGAAGGUCCUGCUUGUAGAGAAUGAUGAUUCCACCCGCCAGGUGGUCAGUGCAUUGCUCCGUAACUGUAGCUAUGAAGUUACUGCUGUUUCAAAUGGCCUACAAGCAUGGAAAAUCUUAGAAGAUCUUACAAAUCAUAUUGACCUUGUCUUGACCGAGGUCGUCAUGCCUUGGUUAUCUGGCAUUGGUCUUCUAAGCAAGAUCAUGAGCCAUAAAACUCGCAAGAAUAUUCCUGUUAUUAUGAUGUCAUCAAAUGAUUCUAUGGGUACAGUCUUUAAAUGUUUAUCAAAAGGUGCAGUUGACUUUUUAGUGAAGCCUAUUCGGAAGAAUGAGCUAAAAAACCUUUGGCAGCAUGUCUGGAGGAGAUAUCACAGUUCUAGUGGUAGUGGUAGUGAAAGUGGCAUCCAAACCCAAAAAUCUGCGAAGUCAAAGAGUGUUGAUGAAUCUGACAAUUAUAGUGGAAGCAAUGACGAUGAUGACAAUGGGAGCAUUGGCUUGAAUAUUAGGGAUGGAAGUGAUAAUGGUAGUGGAACUCAGAGUUCCUGGACAAAACGUGCGGUGGAGGUGGACAGCCCCCAACAUGUGUCUCCAUCAGAUCAGUUAGCCAAUCCACCUGAUAGUACCUGUGCACAGGUCAUUCACCCAAAGCCCGAAGCAUUCUGUCAUGAUUGGGUGUCCAUGAAUGCCAAUGGAGAGUGCGAAGGACAAAUAGAACCUACUGAUGAUUUCAUGGGCAAAGACUUGGAGAUAGGAGUUGCUAGGAAUCCAGAUACGCAGCGUGAAACAUAUCCAACUGAGCAGGUUUCUACCAGGUUAACAGGCACAAGUGUGGACAGAUUGCCUGAAAGCGGCCUGAAAAAUGAGGGCGCAUUGGGACUUGAUAGCAAUAAUGUGUUUGAUGAACCAAGCACCCAAGCUGCUGAUCUGAUUGGUACAAUUGCAAAUAGCAAUGAUGCGGUAACCAGAUUUAUGGAGCCACGUAAUGGUUUCUCCCAGAUCACGAAAGGCAAAGAUAUAACUGCUGAUAGCUCUAUGGAGUUACCGUCCCUUGAGUUGAGUUUGAAGAGGCUAAGAUCAACAGGAGAGGGUGGAACUGCCACUCAUGAUAGCCGCAAUGUUUUAAGACGUUCCGAUCUGUCAGCAUUCUCGAGGUACCGGACUUCUGUUACUUCGAAUCAAGCUCCUACUGGAUAUGGAGGAAGCUGUUCUCCACUUUAUAACAGCUCAGAGGCAGUGAAGACGGAAUCUACAUACAACAUGAUGUCAAGUUCAAAUGCUGCUCCUCUGAAGCAGGGUUCUAAUGUCAGUAGUAACAAUGACAUGGGCUCCACCACGAAGAAUGUCUUUUCUAAACCAGUAGCGGUCAAGGAAAAAACAGCAACCACAUCAGCAGUCAAGUGUAUCCAACCCACCACUGCCUUCCGUCCUGUGCAGUUUCAAUCCUCUGGCACUCAGCAAGUUAUGCAAGAGAAAGUUGAUGAUGUUACAGCAGCUGGAUCACCUGGACAGCUAAGAGAGAUCCAGUGUCAAGUUGAAGUACAACAUCAUCAUCAUCACUAUCAUCAUCAUCAUGUUACUCACAGCAUACAGAAACAGCAGCAACUGCAGCCGCCACCAGAUCAUGACUUGUCUCUCAAGAAUAUGGCAGCAGCUGCCCCACAGUGCGGGUCAUCUAAUAUGUUUGCUGGGCCGAUGGAAGGUAAUAUUGCUAAUUAUAGCAUAAACGGGAGCAAUUCUGGCAGCAAUCAUGGGAGCAGUGGGCAGCAUGGUAGUACAGCUGUCAAUGCUGUAGGAAUGGAUAUGGAGAUUGCUGAUGGUAUUGCAGACAAGAGCGGGGCUGGAGGUGCCAAUUGGAGUGGAAGCAGGAGCGGUAGUGGAGUGGAUCAGAGCCGUUUUGCACAGAGAGAGGCUGCAUUGAAGAAAUUUAGGCAGAAAAAGAAAGCAAGGAACUUUGGAAAGAAGGUCCGUUACCAAAGCAGGAAGAGACUUGCAGAGCAGCGGCCACGUGUGCGUGGACAGUUUGUGCGACAGUCUGUGCAAGAACAAAGAGGCGAGGAAGCAGACAGAUGACAUCAUCAAAGCAGUCGUUUGCGUACGGUGUUAGUAAGGCAGCAAUUGAAAUUUCUUGGUUGAGAGCAGCUCAUUGAUGGGUAGCACAUGGGAUCCAGGUUGUGAGAAUAUGCUAAAUAAAAGGACUAGAUGUGUGUGUGGCGUGACUUUGAUCACUGCUAUAUGGAUGUUGGUCACCCUUGAAAGAGUAGCUAUCAGCUGUAUCAAUAAAGUCACAUCGGCAGGACUGUGUUUUAUGGUCUCUGCUAUUUAAGUCUCU